AUGCCUUCCGGUGCGCGGCCGUCCCAGGACAGGAGGACGGUGGACGACGAAAGGCCAGUCGAUGAGAGUCCCGAGUUCUCCAUCCUCGCUAUCCGAACUCUGUUCGCGGUGGUGUGGAUCGCCACCACGGCCGUCGUCACGUUCACAACGGAGAAAGAUCACAGCGCCCCCGUGUCAUACCCGCACUGUGGGCCGCUGCAAGGUGUCGACGAGAUUUUCGAAGAGCGGAGGCUGCACGUUUACUACGGCGUUCCAUUCAUGCGGCCGGCGCUGCUCCACAACCGAUUCGAGAGGCUCCCGAUCCUGGAGCGACCCUGGCCGUUCCUGCUAGACGCAAGGAACCAGCGCAGCUCUUGCCCGCAGCCGUCCAUCAACGUCGGCAAGAUGACCCUGUACAACACGAACACCACCGAGGAUUGCCUGUACCUCAACAUAUAUUUGCCAGCGCGAAAGCUGUCCGAAAGCAUGCCCAAGUAUCCUAUCAUCGUGUUCAUCUACGGAGGCAGCUACUACUCCGGCGGCAACUCGUUCCCUUUCUACAGCGGCAAGUACCUGGCCGCGCACGGGAACGCCAUGGUCGUGGUGCCUAACUAUAGGCUGGGAGUGUUCGGCUUCCUGCGGUCGUCCAUUCUCGGCUUGAAAGGAAACCAAGGCCUGCAUGACGUGUACGCGGCAUUGCUGUGGGUGAAAAGCAAUGCUGCGGCCUUCGGCGGCGAGGUCCACAGCGUCACGGUCAUGGGCCACCAGGUUGGAGCUGCUAUGAUCGGUCUGCUCAACUCCUUUAGCGGAGCCUCUGAGCUUUUUCACCGCGUCGUCAUGAUGAGCGGGUCGCCUUAUAUGCGCCACUGGAAGGAAGACGGCAAGGCCAAGGCACGCGAGCAAGACCAGCUCAUGCAAAAGCUGGGCUGCCGGGUAGACCCAAAGGCUCUCCUCGACUGCCUGCGUGGCAAGACGGCCAAAUCUGUGCUCGACUUCGCCACCAAGCUGAAAAACUGGAAGACGAUGUUCUUGCCCAGCGAGUACGAGGACAUCCGCGACGACGCCAGCGUCGACCUGAAAAGCACCGCCGUUUCUAAGGACCUCAUCAUCGGCACGACGGUGAACGAGGGCUCCUACUACGCCAACCUGUUUCUUGAAAUGUUCUCCAAGUACGACGCCUCCAAGCUCACCCGAAUCGAGGCUAUCAGGUAUCUCGAGAACGUCACCGCGAGUCUGGGCUUACACGGAUACAACGACUUGGUCUACUACUACGACCAGAAGUACAAGGACCACAGCGCGGAUAUCUUCUUCGCGAAUGCCAUUGGCGACAUAGUGGUCAACUGCCCUAUGAAGCAGUUCGCCCAGGACAUGACCAGUGUGAACACAAAGGUGUUCAUGUACGUCUUCAAGCACAAGCCCUCGUACUCGACUAGCCGUCUCGAAGGAGCGGCUCAUCUCGACGACAUCUUUAUUUCGUUUGGCCAAGCUCUCGAUGCGCCGGCCCUGAACGUGAGCGAGGUUGAGAAGGAGCUCAGUAGGGAAAUGCUCCGGAUGUGGGCCCGCUUCGCUGAGAAUGGGGAUCCCGUCUCGCUGCGCAACGUGACGUGGCCGCAGUUCACGAAGGGCGAAGGAGUCUAUCUCAACAUCGGCCCCGAACCGACGUUGGCCAGCAGGUACCUGGAGGGCGAGUGCGACAAGGUGGCUCGCGCUCUCUUCAACUAAUAAACGUCCGCUGAUGUCAGCACCCUCCUCCUGCUGUCUCCUACUAUUAGAGUGCCAGUAGCCUGUGCUGUGUCAGCAUACUUACUACUGAUUUAUUGUAGGUGCAACGUACUGACAUGGACGUAAUAAGGUACUUGCAACACUCACGCAUUGUCAGUAGGUCGCUACAUCAAUGACCUGUUCCUCAGAUCCAGAAUCCUCAGCACGCGUUACGUGUUCGCUGGACAAUGUCCUCCAAUGAGGUUAUGCAAAGUUUAUAUAGAGUCCAAAACCUGUGAUUGCGUAUACCGCUCAACCCUGUCCGACUAUGUUUAACAAUUUGCUCAUGGUAAUGAUCACAUUGCGAGUUUUUUUUUUUUUUUCGGCUACUGCUAUCGUUUAUUAGAACGUGCGUUUUUCUAUGGUAGCAUAUUCUGUAAUCAGUGUCUAUAUCUUGCCGUUUUGAUAUAAAUACUUAAUCUUGCUGACUAACCUAUUCCGAAGCAACACUGCGUUUACUAAUGAGUAUAAGUGACUAAUUGUACGGGUUAAUUCGUUAUUUCGAGUUAUGUUUCUUGCUGGUUGCUGGAGGUUUUAACUGGUACGACAGAGUAACGGCGCUGUGCUCAACUCGGUGGAUUCGACGAAGAAUUCCCAGGUUAGGAUCGCUAGUGAAUACGGGGUUAGUGCCAGACGAGGGAAAAACGCCGCAACCUAGAGACGCAUAUCGAAAAGUUUUCAGAUGGAAGCGUUUGUGUUCCGCUAUCUUUAACAAGCACGAUUUUUUUGACUGCGAGAAUUUGCUCAAAUGGAGAAAAUUGGGGAGGUCCAAAGCGCAUUUUGUCAUCUAUGUGAAGCGAAGCUUUCAUGUAGCCUUUAAUGAAAUGCAAGAAGUUUGCCCAUUUAAUUUCUGCGUCCUUGGCGUAUUAGAAGUUGGCAAGCGCGCGUGUGCUCUGACGCAUUGCUAAGGAAUGUGACAACUCAUAUAUAUUUCCUUGUAGUUAUUCACUUCUUCAUUUUGAAUGUAGCACUCACUUCUUUGCCAAUCCCUCAUUGCGGGUAUGUGCCACAGCAGGAAAAUCAUCAUCAUCAACACGCGGCGAUCAUUUCAAAGAGCAAGUUUGCGUUGGCACGACAUGAUAAGAUUGUGGCCAAGUGGUUACAGAAAGUAGGCGUAGAAAGGACAGGAAGCUUUGCUUAAUUUAAGCGAUUUGGCUGUUGAUGAAGUGUAUUUGUUGCAGUGAGGAUAUU